AGAAGACCCGCUGAAAUUCAAAGUUGGAGGAGGAGACUCAAAACAUAAAACAACAAGAACGUCUUGUUUGCAGUCAGUUAGAGUUGACCUGUUUCAUAUAGAGUAGUUUCAUGCAGACAUCUUUUCAGUUUAUGAUGGAAGCUGGCGAAGAAAACAGUGGUAACAUCAGCUUGAAGAGACAAAGAGCACCUUUAUCAGACUCAGAAGACAAUGUCUUCCUACCAUCAGAAGAGAACGAUGGCCAAAAGCGACGGCGCCUGGAGGCAGCUGGUCAGGAAAACCGUAGCCCUAAGCCUUUCUCCUCUGGACGUCUGGUAGAACUGGAGACAAAGCCGGAUACACCAAUGGUUCCCUCUGUCCGUUCCCGAAUCCAGCUUCUCACUCAGAGACAAGAGGGAGUUGCACCUCUGGCUCAGCGCUGCCUGUCUGAUCCUGGAGCUGUCAGCCCAUCAGUCAUCAGGGAACAUCUCCUGGGUGAUGGAGAAUUCACUCAGCGAAUGGAGCGUUUUAAAGCGCCACUUUUCCAGGCCAGUCCCGCCCCAACAUCAAGGUCUGCCAACCUUUGCCCAAAAAUGUGUUCCAACUUUGUAUCUGACAUCCAGCAAAAACUUAAGGGAGUAACAACUCCCAGCUCCAAGCAGGCUGUCCGCAUGCGCCAGGAACGAGAGCAGGAGUUGAACCAGUUGCAGUUUCAACCAAUCAGUGAAAAUGCCUGGUUGAAAAGGAGCAGCUCUGAUCCCACACUAACUCAGGGAAGGACCCCUCCUGGAGCCUCAUAUCCCUCCUACUGGGUUCCUAGGUCUAUUAGGGGAGUCCGCUGGCCUCCUAUGAAACCCUGGGAUGCCACUGGUGAUGCUGCGAUGAAAGAUGGCAGCUUUACUGAAGCUACAACAUCAAGUGCUAAUAAACAGUCUUCAGAUGAGACAGGUGAAACUUCAUGCUGUGACUCUGAAGCCGCAGCAGCAACUACAGAGGCAGGAAUUCAACAAAAGGAGCAAAAAGCUCAUCCUGGUAAAGAAGUUGUGGAGGAGAUAGUCAACAAGACUUCAGUUAGAAGUGAAGAGCAGUUGAGAUCUCAAAAAUCACAGAUGAAGACUGUGAUGCAGUUGUCCUUUAGUGAAGAUCAGAGUUUCUUCAACACACCUCUUGGGGAGAAGCAGAAUCUGUCUGAGUUGCCAACAGAGGAUGAUCAGAGCUUGCUGGAAUGUACUUACUCAGAGGAGUCAAAUGUGAAGGAAACAAGCGUGAAUUGUAGAGAAAAUGGAACAGACAGGUCUGAGGCUAAUUUUUUUGAUUGUUCUUCACAUAAUGAAGAGGCCAUAGAGACUUCAACAGAGGAGGAGUUAAGAUUGUGGAGAUAUCCUCAAGAGUGCAAAGAGGAAUCGGUCUUAAAUGAGGAGGAAGGGGCGUUGAAACCAUCCAGUGUAGAAGAAGAGAAAGGUGGCAGUAAUUCAGAUGGCACUGAGCCUUCGGGUAAUGCUUCUUCUGAGAGUGUCAGUUCUUAUGUAAUGAUGGAAAAUGACAAACCCGAGGAAGACACGUCUAAAGAGGGUGUAGAGUCCUGUGAAGACUGUAAUGACCGAGCAGAUGAUUUUAAUACAGAGCAGGACAGGAGUGACACAGAGGAGUGUACUCAGAAGGAUGAUGCAUGUCAGCAGUCAGCAGAGAUCCAGACAGCCAGCACAAAAGGAGAUGUCAAUGAUCUAGAGUCAACCAGAAGAGACACAAGUAAUGAAGUGAAUCACAUCCAAACAGAUGUAGGUCAGGCAUAUCUAGAAAGAAAUACUGAAUAUGUAACAAAACCAGAGGUAGAGACUGAGGUUGAGUCAUCAGACACUGAUGGAUGUGAAGCAGCUCACACUUUGACAGAGAUUCAGGCAUCAGAUGUGCAUUUGAAUGUUGAGGAAAUUGAGCAAGCUGUACUUGAAGAAAGGCAACAGGAUGCAGGAGAAACUCUCAGAGAAGAGGGAGGAGAAAGCUCAAAGAAAGUCUCCUUUAUCCUGGAGCCUGAGCUGAUUAAUGACGCACACCUGUCUGAGACCACUGCAUCCAUGGAGGCCAGGGUAGAGGAGAGUUUGUCAGAUGCUGAACUUAGCUCCCAUGAUGAGACCAACACUGCUGAAAUAAUUGACCAGAUGUUCGAAGAGGUGCUGGAAUAUGCCGGAAGGAUAGAAGAAGAGAGAGCACAUCAUGAGGACACUGAGGAUCAUGACAGUGGUAUUGGCGCUUGCUCUGCAGAAAAUACUAAGAUGGACACAGAGUCAGAGAAGGACAGAAGUGAGGAAGAGGGGGAAGCCAAAGAAGAAGAAGAGGAUUGUGAUGAGAGCAAGAAGCUUGAACAAGACGGUGAUGACUUGCUGACCUUUCCUCCCAGCUGCAUUCUGUCUCCUCUCAGCAAGUCUGUGGAGGCUGUGGUCACUCCUCUGCGACUAACAGUGAGCCAGGAGUCCAACCCUCCUUCUCUAAUGCUGACUCCAGAGGAAACCUCCACCCCUCCUGUUGAAUCUGCUCCUCUUUACAGUAUCGAUGCGUACCGCACACAAAGACAGUGCAAACCAAUCACAAUUCAGAGCAUUACUCCUGAGAUUCAGAGUCGGGCUUCAGAGAAGUCCCAACCUCAGCCCUCCGUCGACACCAAGGAGAAAAUAAAGGCUCUUAAUGAAGAAACAGGAAAGCUGCAGACUGUGAUCGGCCAGACUCUGCAGGCUCUGAGCUGCUGUACUGAUGAGGAGCAUGGACGAGGCUCACUGGAAGAAGCUGAAGCUGAGAAACUACUCCUGGUCUCCUGUGAGAAGCGCUCUGCUCUACUUACAGAAAUGGCCAGACUGAGAGGGGAGAGGAACUCUGAGUCAGGAGAGACAUCAAGGGAGAACAAGGAAUACAAUACCCAGCAGCCCUGUAGAGGGACUGUUAGCAUCUCAAACAUUCAGCUACCUCUCAAGGUGGAAUUUGUCUGUUCUUCACAAAACCGCGCAGGUCGACCAAGUCACUAUUUCUUCAUCCUGAUCCGCUAUGGGCCCUGCAACAUUGUCGCCACCCCACUGGCCACAGCUGCUGAUGCUAAAAACGGAGACACCAUCUCCUUCCCUACUUCCAUCACUCUGAAGGAUAUUCGCUCAUCCUUUGAGAUUGAUGUGGAGGUCUACAGCCUGUCCCACACUUCAAGUAACAACUGUACCGUGGACAAGGCCACCACCAAGUCACGGGUUACACCAAGAAAGCUGCUGAACACAAUCACAAGAUCUGGAAACAGUCUGACAACUGCUCCUCCCUCUCUCAGUGCUCGUCGCUCCAGUAACUUUAGUCUGGUUGGCUCUCAUAAGGUCACCUUGGCCUCACUGGGACACAGCAAGUUUCCCCUGGAUAAGAUGAAACUUGAAGGCAAAAUCAGGAGGCUGCUUGGAGAUGAAUUUCAGGAAAAGGUGCCCUUUCUCUCUCCUCUAGAGGGCAAUAUCUAUCUGAAAUUGGACAGCGAGAGUCACUCCAGCAUACAACACCAAGGCUUCCUGACAAUGUUUGAGCUGAUCAGUGGAUUUGGAGUGUGGCAUCGCAGGUAUUUUGUUCUGGAGGGAUGGGACAUGUCUUACUGGAACCAUCCCAAUGACAGAGAAGCUAAGGAAGCAGAGGGCAGAAUCUCUCUGUCCAACCCUCACAGUCAGUGUGUCAGACCUGUGAGUAGAGAUUCAUGUGCUCGACCUUUCACCUUUGAGCUGGUGAGCAACAUCCCAGAGCAGCAGCAGGACAACAGCCAGGAAGCCUCGGCCAAGUGCUGGUUUUCUGCUGACACCAAACAGGAGAGAUUGGACUGGAUGGAGAAACUCAACCAAGUCCUAUUGGACUUUCACACGUGGAACCGAAAUAAAGCCAUUCAAACAGAAAGUCAGCAGUCAAACUCGUCCAGUGGUGGGAACCUGAGAGAGAGCAUACUGUGACUACAUCACCUGCUCAUACACACAACCUGACAGCAGCAUGUCUGUGAUUUAUGGCUAAGCUUACAUUAGGAGUUACAUUAUCUGUCUCAAUGCUUCAGGGGAUAGUUUACUACUAUAAGAUGUAUUUUUCACUGUUGAAAUGACUUCUUGUCAAAUGGCAGAGCUACUCAUUAUUUGUCUUUGUUGAGUUGUUUUUGGGAGAUAUAUUGAUUUCAUUUAGUUUAUUUCUUUUAAUCUGAAACAAUCCAAUAUAAUCCUUUGGUUCUUUUAUUUGUAGCUCUCUUGAGUAUUUUUAUUUUUUUCCUUUACCAAGAUUAUGUGGAAAUCAGGUUUUAUUUAGAGUUUUUUUUGUGGCAAUCAGCUGCUUUGCUUUUGUGUUAGCAAUAUUUGCUCACUUUCAGUUGCUAAACUCCGGAAGUAUAUAUAUUUUGAAUUGAACUCGUAUUUAGAGUCGUGUUGUAUUUUUCUGUCAUUUAAACUGGAAGGAAAAGCAAAAUUGUAUAGAAACACUAAUACAUAUUGAAUGUGAAGGAAAUCUUUAACUCUAAGAAAAUAGUCUAGAGUUAGGAUGUAGUAAAGGCAGGAAAGCACAGGUGAUGACAAUACUGAAGGAUUGGUCUUGAAAUGGAAGCUUUUCCUACAGAUAGUUCUGCUUCUGUAAUGUGACAAUACCUUUAUGAAGUUUGGCUGUUUUUUUCUCUUGACUGAUGGGAAAACACUUUUACUUCAGAACCAUCAGCCCACACUGUCAGUCCUUUCUGACAUUGAAUCGAGUCACUUGUACUUGAACGUCUCCUCAAGUGCUUUUGUUUCCACAUAGAAUUGGUGUCACCGCACUUAAACAAAAGCAUAUAUUAGCAUACUUUGACCAUUUAUUUUAUGUUAUGUGGUGGAUCGGAAACCUUUUUAGGUAAAGAGUGGAUGAAGUGGUGCUGCUAUAAUACUGUAUGUCCAUACUCUAUGUUGUCCUGUUCUUUUCCAUGUAUCUCCACCUAUCAGUCUGUGACUCUUUGAUUCUAUUCAUGUAAAUCUCUUUCAUUCUAUGCACAUAGAUGAAGGUACCAGUUAAAUAAAUGGAUUGAA